CGUUUUAGAAGAAGAAGAAGAAGAAGAAGAAGAAGAAGCUCCCUGUACUCUUCUUCCGUCUCUCUAUCAUCUUCGACAGAUUUCUUGUUCCAUUCCCCAUUAUCCGUCAAAUCAAACGGGGAUUUAGGAUACAAAAUUUGAUAAUAGAACGGUGAAUGUCAAGGAUCUGGGGCUUCUUCCAAGAUAUAUGUGCAUGCCAAUAGCAUUUGGAAUUGGCGAAUUUGCCAGAAAUCGAUUUUAUUUAUUCCUCUAGCUGUUCUGGAGAUUCCAUUCGUUCAUUGUGAUGCAUAGGUGACUCUUGAGAAUCGCCAAUUCUGGAGACGCAUUUUCCAGGAAAGCUAAGGCGGACUAUUCAACUAGAAACUGUCCGGCAGAUUACUGGAAGGACCGUCGCUUGCUAAGUUUAACCGGAGUCGCGGAUUUAAACUGAGAAUGUCAUCAUUAGUUGGAUUUUCGCAAUAGCUUUGCAUUAAUCAAGGCCUGUGAACUGAAAGCGGCGAACUUUUUCGUGCAUCCUGGGUAGCGGAUUUUAGCUGAAUCAGAUUGAUUGAGGAUAUUGAAAAAUCGGCUCCUUUCUUCUGCGUGCAAUUGCCCGAGCAGAAAUUGAUCGCUUGCAGAGUCGAAGUUUUCUGGAUUUGGGUACUCCCUCCAACGCCGGCUGUUUGGCGCUGCCGUUAAUCUUCUGUUACUCGAGCAGGCUCAUAUUAAUUUUCCCGAUUCUUGUUCGGUGAUGGGAUUCGCCUUUUGUCUUUCAGUUUCUUGAAUGAUGGAGAGCCAGUUGAAUUUUCCAUCUUUCACUCUCACACGCGAUUUAUGUUUUCACAUCGUGGUGCUACAAUGGUUGAUUGAGGCCUAGCCCUAAAUUUAUGUCCUCUUUUUUCUUUAUCCUUUCUCAAUGACUCUUGAUUUUGGUUUCAAGUCUUUAGGGAAUCUCAAUCGUCACAAUUCAAGGUUUCAAGCGAGCCGAUGCAAUGAUGGACAGAGAACGGAGGGCUGAUUCUGGGGUGUUUCUUGCCCGAGAGGAGCGUUGAAUUCAUGUCGUCUUGCAUUUCUUUAUACUCUACAUUGUCUUUCCUGUCCAAAUGUGGCCAUACUCCCCCCUUAAGGAAAGAUUUGGAUUUUGAAUUAUUUUGGAUGCCGAAAGAUUUUCAUAAUCUCAGGUUCUCCGUCUCAUAAAUUUGAUCCCCCGUCUUGUCAGCGAUACAGAAGAUGCUCCCAGCGCACAUGAUUCCCAUCGUUGUUGGUUUUUUCUUUUUAAAAAAAGUUUUGGUAGGGUAUCUUGACCGUACCAUGCUCUAUUCAGAGUUAAAGGAUCGAUGAAUGUGAUUGCUUGAAGGCCCGGGUGUGGAGGGGUUGGGGCGUUAGUGGUGGGGAGGUUACAGGAUUCCAAUUUGAUACAAAUAAUAGUUUGUGUAAUUCCAAAAUUAACCCCCUUAACUUUACCUAUUAAUGACGACAGGUGCAGGAAGGAGAUGGAUAAAGAGACACUUAGGAGCAACAACAACGUUAACAACAAUCCCAAAGACAAAGGCUGGGUUUCAGCAGCAGAUGCUUCGUCGUUGUUGUUAAGGGGGAGUUCUGAUACCAUCAGACAGGCGGCAGCGACCACCAUCACGACGACGUCGUCUGAUUUUGUGCUGCAGUGGGGGAACCGGAAGCGGCUGAGGUGCAUGAAGAUUCAGGUGAAAGACGACUCUUCCGCCACGGUUCAUCGCACGACGGUUCGGGUGGACCGCCGGGUCGUCAAGGAUCCUCCAAAUCACUCCACCCCUCCCAUUCCUAAUACCGCAACCGCUUCUACCACUCAUAGUCAUAGCAACCGCUAUCCUAAUCUCCGUCAACGGUCAUCUUCGCCGCAACAGCCGCCUCCACGAAUUCUCAGGAACUCGGAGAGUUCGAGUGCUAUGAGAGGCCAGACCAACGGGGGCGUUAGGGGAAUUGCGUCCCCGGACAGGGGUGCGCACGAUAAGAGAGGGUCCCAUCACAACAACAACCACCACCACCAUGACAAUAACAAGUCCGCGGCCUCCUCCGACACCGCGCACGAUAGCAAGAAGGGCGGCUCGCCAUCCGGCAGCGGUGAUGCCGCUCCUCCGGUUUGGCCCCCGAAGUUCGUUAUAGCCCUCACCAACAAGGAGAAGGAAGAAGAUUUUCUGGCAAUCAAGGGUUCAAAGCUCCCUCAGAGACCCAAGAAGCGGGCCAAAUUCAUCCAGCGCACUCUCAAUUUCGUGAGUCCAGGGGCAUGGCUGUGCGACCUCACCUUAGAGCGAUAUGAGGUUAGGGAGAAGAAGAUCUCGAAAAAGAGACCAAGAGGGCUCAAAGCAAUGGGCACCAUGGACUCAGAUUCUGAAUAGGGGGAUGCAGUGAAGAGGCAGGCGGUCAGGAGCUUAACCUGGGAGAUCAUGUUGUGGAGGCAUGAACAGUGACGUAACUCAAAAGGAUGGUAAUUGGGCGAGGGGUUUUUGGGGGCAGAGGGAGUGGUCACUUUAACAAGGAGCUGAUGUAACAAACAAUACACGAAUAAUUGUGGGGUACACGAAUGUAUUGUAAGCUAGAGGUGGAAAACGUUGCUUUUGGGCCUUCUGCGCGUGUUUCACUGUAGGGGGAUUAGUUAUUUUUAUUUUAUUCACAAUUAAACAUAAAUUGUGGAAAGAUUAUAUGUCCCUUGAAAAAAAAAAUUGUAACUCUCCUUCUGCCCCAAACAACGAUCACGGCAGCACAACUCAGCCCGCCACCCAUUCUCAUCGUUUUCUUCCUCUUCUUUCUUCAUCACACUGCUCUUAUCAUUGACAGAGAAAAAGAAAUGCACGGUCGGAUGGGAACGAGGAAGAGAAUGAAUAGAUUUAGAUGAGCUUAGAACCUAGCAAUGGUGAAUUCAAACAUGUAACUUAUUGUGGAAAUUCGACGGUGGGAGGAAGACAAAAGCUCAGAUCUAGCAAACUUGAAUUUAAAACCAUUAAUGCCAAACUUGAACCAGCAUCGUCGAGGGAAGACCUCUCUACUGUCUUCAAUCUUGGGCACAGCAUGGCCUGCAAGGGGCAGUGCCACCGUGGAUGGCAGAGGUGGAGAUGCCAGCGUCACUGUCAAUGGCAGAGGUAGAGGCGGGAGUGUAUGGUGUGAAGGGGCAAUUUGGUUUAGAAAGUUUUAAUCUUGAGAUUGAUUUUUCAAUACCAAAAGAGAGAAGGUAUUAGGUAUUCCCAUCUAAAUGAAAUUGGGCUUGAGAAUAAAUUUAUCAAUCCAACCUACCAAACAUACAAAUUUGUUAUUA